AUGUCGCUACCUACGAGCUCACCGUUUAAUCCUGACGGGGAACGUCGAGGAAGAAGACAUUCUAUCUUUGCUGAUUUUAUUCCAGACGAUUUAACAUUCCCGCCCCCGUUCAUCGGCCCAACUCCAAAUGUGGAAGAGAUUCUCAACCGCGAUAUUGACGAGUGCUCCUCUGGAGAUGAACACCGCGAUGAAGAAGCCAUCGAAGACCCGCGAUACGUAAACGAAACAGACGUCCAACUUGCCUUUCAUCCAACAGGUAUCGCCUUUGGCCAAGUUUCCUCAACCCAAUCCCUCCGCGCCGAAGUCUCCCUCCUCCGCGACAAUGAUAUCAUUCCACCGAGACAUCCCCCGACAGGAUGGAAGACUACGAAGCUCGGCCGUCUGUAUCGACACCUGUUUAGUACGCGCGUGCACGAUCACGACAAGCCGCUCUUCGCAUCAGAAGAUUCGGGCGAGACAACACCCUUGUUGAGGGACAGAGUUGUGAGGUUCGAUGGGAUUCCGCCGACGCCGGGGCCUGAUGAGGUUCAUAAGCGGUGGGAGGAGGCUCUGGCGUCGCAUAAGAUUGAUACGACGUGGCAGCGUGAGACCAAGACGUUGAUUCAAUACGCGCUCCCUCUUAUCGUCACUUUCCUCUUGCAUUACUCGGUCACUGUCGCUUCUGUCUUGACCGUUGGUCGUCUUGGAAUGGAGGAACUCGCCGCUGUCAACUUGGCGACGAUGACUGCCUCGAUCACUUACUACGUCCCAGUCCAAGGUCUAGCAACAUGUCUCGACACUCUGUGCGCACAGGCCUAUGGCUCCGGCCACAAGCAUCUUGUUGGCCUGCAGGCGCAGAGAAUGACAUGGCUCCUUUGGAUAAUCAUGAUUCCCAUUGCUGUCGUCUGGUGGUUUUCUGAACCAAUCCUCGCUGCAGCCGUUGGCCCAGGCCGCACAACACAAUUGGCCGCUUUGUACAUGCGCAUCCUCAUCGCGGGCAUGCCUGGUGUCAGUGCAUUCGAGAGCGCGAAGCGGUUCGUUCAGAGUCAGGGUCUGUUCCAUGCAACAACUUACACGCUUUUGGUCGGAGCGCCGUUGAGCUUCUUGCAGAAUUGGCUGUUUGUGUUCAAGUUUGGAUGGGGCUUUCCUGGUGCCGCCAUCGCGAUGGCUGUCACUCACAACCUCCUCCCGAUUCUUUUGAUUCUCUACGUACGGCUGUUUGAGGGCUAUGAGUGCUGGAAGGGUUUCAGCCGCAAGGCUUUCACAAACUGGGGUCCGAUGAUCAAGUUGGCUUUGCCGGGAAUGAUCAUGAUCGAAGCCCAGUUCUCUGUCCUGGAGAUUCUCACCAUCGCCGCAGGACGGUUCGGUACAGCGCAACUAGCAGCUCAAGGAGUUUUGGUUACCGUGACGUCAAUGUCAUUCAAUAUUCCAUUCCCGCUGGCCAUCGCGACCUCGACUCGAGUCGCAAACCUUAUUGGGGCUGAUUUGAGCAAGGCUGCGCGUGUGACUGCCAAAGUGGCCAUUGUUGCUGCACUCAUCGUGGGGAGCAUCAACUUGACAAUUCUUUCGACUCUCCGAAGACAAAUUCCCGCCGUGUUCACGGAAGACGAGCAAGUCAUCAAUAUCGCAUCAAACGUCAUACUCGUCUGUGCCGUCAUGCAAAUCUUUGACGCGUUAGCAGCCGUCUCGCAUGGACUUCUUCGCGGAAUCGGAAGGCAAUCCAUUGGAUCCUACGCCAAUCUCUUCGCCUACUACGUGGUCGCUCUUCCAAUCGCCCUCGGCACCAGUUUCGGACUGGGCUGGGACUUAGCUGGACUCUGGGUUGGUUUAACAGCGGGUCUUGCUGUGGUAUCUGGGCUUGAGGCCAUGUAUUUGUACUUCACAGACUGGGAGGAAGCUGUGAGGCAAGCUGAGGCAAGAAUGCGAACCGAGACGAAUAGAAGACGAUCUUCGCUGUCAGGCCUGUCACAGGAAAGAAACUAA